UUAAUUAUUGUACAAACAAUAUCCAAUAAAAAUUCACUCUGGCAGAGAACCUUAUUCAAAUAAGGCCCAAAACGCACAUGUCACACUACUAUAGGUCUGGUAUGUGGUACGGCCAGUCUAGCAGCAGGACUGACCUUAACUGACUGACUGUUUCUUAACGAAUGUUCAUCGUCAAAGCGCGAGUGAAAGUAAAACAGCACACCGUUUUUAAAAUUAGCAGGAAUAUCAAUGGUAACUUAUUGGUGGAUGAUGGUCAAACAAUAAUAAUUAUAUUUGCAGUAUUUAUUUUUAACUGAUUCAAUGAAUUAUUAGUACUUAUCAGGAAAAAGUUUUUUUGAUUGCAACAAAAGUAAGAUUGGAAACUUCUUGACUUCAAAGUUUGAUUAUUCCUGGCUCAUCAAAUUCACCGUGUGUUAUUAUCAAACUCAAGCAUUAAUCUGGCUGCUGGCAGUAAUUUAUAACAUAAAAAUAAUAAUGUUUGCUCACCAAAUAAAUCACAAUUGAACUUAAUCUUUUUUUUUUACAAUGGAUUUUGUGCUCAAACGAGUACUAGAUAACAAACUCCAGUUUGCAGUAUAACUUUGUUAAAAAUGUUUCCUGGAAAUUUGCGCUUUAUUCGAGAUGCCAGCAAAGAAAUCCAUCACCGAAUGAUAUUGAAAAACGGCCAGUGCAAUGUGUCACAGCCGAUAUCCAAACGGCAAAGACUGAUAGUACUGAGGUACUCGCAAUUGGUGGAUUCUUCAUGGACGUUCACCCUUACCAUUUUUCUGGCAGUACUGUUUGUUAGCUGGACGAUUUUCGCAAUUUUCUACUGGCUUAUUUGUUUGACUCACGGCGAUUUCGAGCCUAAUCACUUGCCGGAAAUGCAAAAAGUGAAUAAUUUCAAGCCUUGUAUAUACGACAUGAGAGACUUCUCCUCGGCCUUCCUAUUCAGCAUGGAAGCUCAGCACACUGUGGGCUACGGCAUCAAAGCCCCAACCGACGAAUGUGCCGAAGCCCUUUUCGUCAACACCCUACACUGCAUCAUGGGCUUCAUUAUGCAAGGUUUUAUGGCAGCAGUAAUGUUCUCGAAAAUGACCAAACCUCGAGUGCGUUCUCAAACAUUGUGGUUCUCAAAAAAUGCCGUAAUUUCGUUGAGAAAUGGCAAAUUGUGCCUGAUGUUUAGAGUGGGCGAUAUCAGGCCCCAUUAUAUAGUGGACGCUCGAAUUCGAGUUUUCCUGGUCAAAUUCACUAAAACCCUGGAACACGAACCGUUGCCUCACACCCAAACCGAAUUAAAAAUCCAUGUAGAUGGUUGUUUGGACAAUAUGUUUUUCAAUUGGCCCAUGGUAAUGUGUCACGUUAUCGAUGAGGAAUCUCCUUUGUAUUACUUAAGCCCUAGCGACUUAAGUCAAAGAAAGUUUGAAAUAAUGGUAAUAAUAGAAGGCACAGAAGAAAACACUGGCCAAGUGACUCAGGCAAAGUCCAGCUACAUGCCAGACGAAAUUCUGUGGGGCUGCAGGUUCGAUAGCCUAAUGAAGUUUAACGAUUUAAGGGAAGAGUACGAAGUGGACUUUUCUAAAUUCCAUACUGUAGUGCCUGUUAGUACGCCUCUGUGUUCGGCCGUUUACAAUGAACAGUACCACAGCAUGGAAAAAAGCAAUAAAAAUGGUUCUUCCAAUAUUAGACUAGACUUCAGGCCGAGGCAAAGUGUAGGAGAAAUUCCUGCAAAUCAAUUAGUAGGAUUAAGAGAACGUUCUAGUAAUUAAAAUUUGUAUUAAUAGUGGUUUUCACUAUCUUCAGGAGUAUAAUAAAAAUUAUAAAUAUGAUAGAAGGU